AUCAUUCCAUUUUUCCUAUUUGAUCUUUCGCAAUGAAAGCCAAGCGGACUUUUCAAGAAGAAAAGAAAUACUUCCAUUUAAUAAGACCGUAUACCUAUGAAAUAGAAACAGGGUUUGUGGAGAAUAUGCGAGUUCCAGGCAUUUUCUAUGUCAACGGUAAACUUGAAGAGCUAGUAUUUUCGGAACUGCAAAACUUUUGUGAAGGUGGAAUGACCGGUGGUUUCCUACCCGCAGUGAAACAAAUCGCCAACGUCGCUUCGUUACCAGGUAUUGUGAAAGCUUCCAUAGCCAUGCCGGAUGUACACUCUGGUUAUGGAUUUGCCAUUGGUAACGUCGCAGCCUUCCGUAUGGAUGACCCUGAAGCAAUCGUCUCACCUGGUGGAGUUGGCUUCGACAUCAACUGUGGUGUUCGUUUGUUGCGAACCAACUUGUUGGAAAAGGAUAUACAAGAUAAAAAGGAGCUACUAGCACAAACACUGUUUGACUACAUUCCAGUAGGAGUAGGUUCCAAAGGAGUCAUACCUGUGGGAUCCAAACAACUGGAAGAAGUACUUCAAUAUGGUAUGGAUUGGUCAUUAAGAGAAGGUUAUUCAUGGGCAGAAGAUAAGGAACACUGUGAAGAAUAUGGACGUUUGUUGCAAGCUAAUCCUGCUAAAGUGAGUAGUCGAGCAAGGAAACGCGGAUUUCCACAGUUGGGAACUCUUGGUGCAGGUAACCAUUAUGCAGAAAUACAAGUAGUCGAUGAAAUAUAUGAUACUUUUGCUGCCAAGAGGAUGGGCUUGGUGGAAAAAGGACAAGUGUGUAUCAUGAUUCAUUCAGGAAGUCGAGGUUUGGGACAUCAAGUUGCUACAGAUGCCUUGCAGUUGAUGGAAGAAGCCAUGGCAAAGGACCAUUUGAAGUUGAAUGAUCGUCAACUUGCUUGUGCUCGUAUACAAUCGAAGCCUGGCCAAGAUUACUUGGAAGCCAUGGCAGCAGCAGCCAAUUAUGCGUUUGUUAAUCGUUCUUCUAUGACUUUUUUAACGAGACAAGCCUUUUCAAAAGUAUUCGACGUGAGUGCUGAUGACCUCGAUAUGCAUUUGGUAUAUGAUGUCAGUCACAAUAUUGCCAAGAUAGAGGAGCAUUGGUACGAUGGAAAACCUGUUCAACUUUUAGUACAUCGUAAAGGGGCAACCCGUGCGUUUCCUCCUUAUCAUCCUCUUAUUCCUGUAGAUUAUCAAGUAACGGGACAGCCUGUACUUGUAGGAGGUACUAUGGGCACUUGUAGCUAUGUUUUAACUGGUACCGAGAAAGGAAUGGAGGAAACCUUUGGAAGUACUUGUCACGGGGCAGGAAGAGCACAAUCUCGUAGUAGUUCUAGACGGAAACUAGACUAUCAAGAUAUUUUAAAUAACUUGAAAAACAAGGGCAUUUCUAUUCGAGUUGCUAGUCCCAAGUUGGUGACUGAAGAAGCUCCAGAAAGUUAUAAGGAUGUUUCCGAAGUAGUGGAUACAUGUCAUGUAGCUGGUAUUUCUAAGAAAUGUGUAAAACUUCGACCAGUUGCAGUGAUUAAAGGAUAAUCGAAUCCUUUUGUCGCCGACGAGGGAAGAGUGGG